AUGGCGGCUCCCGACAAGGUCUUUUCCCUCGAAGGGAAGGUCCUGAAGCUCGAUACGGCCCAGGACCUAGAGCCACACAUCGCCCCCCUGCGUGCCAUGGACCAUGUCGAGGAAGUCCGCGUGCUGGGCAACACUUUCGGUGUCGAGGCUUGCAAGCUGCUGGGCGAGGUUCUGGCCACCAAGAAGACUCUCAAGAUCGCCAACCUGGCCGAUAUAUUCACCGGCCGAAAGCUUCACGAGAUCCCCGACGCCCUCUCUUCGCUCCUCACGUCCAUCAUGAACCUGCCGAACCUACGAACCAUCAACCUGAACGACAAUGCCUUUGGCCUAAAUACCAAGGCACCCUUGAUCGCUUUCCUGUCGAGCCAUGUUCCUCUGCAGCACCUGUAUCUGAACAACAACGGCCUGGGUCCCCAUGCCGGAAUCGAAAUCGCCAAUGCCCUCUCGGAACUCCACGCCAAGAAGGAGGACGCCCGGAAGGCCGGCCAGGAUGUGCCCUAUCUCGAGACCGUCAUCUGUGGCCGAAACCGACUGGAAAACGGAAGCAUGUUGGCCUGGGCCAGAGCCUUAAGCCUUCACAACAGAGUCAAGCACAUCAAGAUGGUCCAGAAUGGCAUUCGACAAGAGGGUAUCUCCCAGCUUCUCGGCGAGGGUCUCAACCACACCACCGAGCUCAAGGUUUUGGAUCUGCAGGACAAUACCUUUACUAUAAUGGGUGCGCGUGCUCUAGCAAAGGUUGUCAACCUGUGGACUGAUAUAGUCGAGCUGGGUAUUGGCGACUCGCUCCUCGGCGCUAAAGGAGGUGUCCUUGUCGGGGAAGCGCUCGCCAGGGGCAAGAACAAGCAGCUGGAGAUUCUCCGGCUACAAUACAACGAUAUCACUGCGGCGGGUGUAAAGAGUCUCGCCUCGGCAGUCAAGGACGCCCUACCGGCGCUGAAGAGGAUCGAGUUGAACGGCAACAAGUUUUCCGAGGACGACGAAUCCAUUCUGGCUCUGCGGGCGCUCUUGGAAGAGCGCAAGGAGAGUUCCGGAGGUGACAUUGUGGACGAGGACGCCUGGGGUGUCGAUAGCCUCAGCGACCUCGAAGAGCUGGAUUCAGACGAGGAGGAGGAGGAAGAGGAGGACGAGGAACCAUCUGUGGAGGAGAGAGCAGAGAAAUUGGUCAAGGAGGCCGAGGAAGCUCAAGAGGCGCCGACUGUUCAGCUGCAGGACGACGAUGUCGAUGCUCUGGCCAAGCGGCUAGAGAAAACGGGUAUUUAA